ACAUCUCCUUUACUCUGCCCCAGACCCAAAAUAAAAAAAAUACAAUUUUUUUUUCCUCUGUUUUCUUUAAUCCAAUAAUAAAACAGAGACCUAAACGAGAUCAAGCCCGUCGCUUUUCUCGAGGAAAAGACCCCUUUAACAAACCCAAACCUAUUGGCUGAAGAUAUGGUGGUGCUGUGGGUGACUCGAAUCUCUGUAUAAUCUGUUUUCGAUUUUUUUUUUUCCUUUUGCUCUGUUUCUGCUCUGUAAUGUCGAUUUGAGGAGUACCCAGUGAAGAAUUCGUUAGAAAGGUUUUGACUUUGGUGAGAGAUGGCGGUUUCAGAGCAGAGCCAAGACGUGUUCCCAUGGCUGAAAUCGCUGCCAGUAGCCCCAGAGUUCAGACCCACUCUAUCAGAGUUCCAAGAUCCGAUGGCUUACAUUUCGAAGAUCGAGGAGGAAGCUUCCAGAUACGGAAUCUGCAAAAUCGUCCCUCCCCUCCCUCCUUCCUCCAAGAAAACCGCCAUUAACAACCUCAACCGCUCUCUCGCCGCUCGAGCCAGAGCCAGGGCUCGCGACGGUGGCAACGGCAAUUACGACGGUGGUGGUGGUGGUCCCACAUUCACCACGCGUCAGCAGCAGAUCGGGUUUUGCCCUAGGAGGCAGCGUCCAGUGCAGAGACCCGUGUGGCAGAGCGGCGAGCGUUACACUUUCGACGAGUUCGAGUUCAAAGCUAAGGGCUUUGAGAAGAGCUAUCUCAAGAAAUGCGGCAAGAAGAGCUCUGUCUCCCCCCUCGAAGUCGAGACGCUCUACUGGAGAGCCUCCGUGGACAAGCCCUUCUCCGUUGAGUAUGCCAACGACAUGCCCGGGUCGGCUUUCGUGCCUCUGAGUUUGGCGGCGGCGAGGAGGAGAGAGUCUGGUGGUGGUGAUGGUGGGACUGUUGGUGAGACGGCUUGGAACAUGAGGGCGAUGGCUAGAGCUGAAGGGUCGUUGCUUAGGUUCAUGAAAGAGGAGAUCCCUGGGGUCACGUCUCCCAUGGUUUAUAUAGCCAUGAUGUUUAGUUGGUUCGCUUGGCAUGUGGAGGACCAUGACCUGCAUAGUCUUAAUUACUUGCAUAUGGGUGCUGGUAAGACUUGGUAUGGUGUGCCCAAGGAUGCUGCUAUGGCCUUUGAGGAAGUGGUUAGGGUUCAUGGUUAUGGAGAAGAGCUUAAUCCUCUUGUGACAUUUUCUACUCUUGGUGAGAAGACAACUGUUAUGUCUCCUGAAGUAUUUGUCAGAGCCGGGAUACCAUGUUGCAGGUUAGUGCAAAAUCCUGGAGAUUUUGUCAUCACCUUUCCAGGAGCAUAUCACUCGGGGUUUAGUCAUGGAUUCAAUUUUGGGGAAGCAUCUAAUAUUGCAACUCCACAGUGGUUGAGAAUGGCAAAAGAUGCUGCAAUCCGGCGAGCUUCCAUAAAUUACCCUCCAAUGGUUUCUCAUCUCCAGUUGCUUUAUGACUAUGCACUGGCUCUAGGUUCAAGAGUGCCAGCUAGCAUCCAAACCAAACCAAGGAGUUCUAGAUUGAAAGAUAAGAAAAGAAGCGAAGGAGAAAAACUGACUAACGAACUGUUUGUGCAAAACAUCAUCCACAACAAUGAGUUGCUCCGCUCUCUUGGAAAAGGGUUUCCAAUAGCUCUUCUUCCGCAGAGCUCCUCAGAUAUAUCGGUUUGCUCUGACGUGCGGAUUGGAUCUCAUUUGGGUGCUAACCAGGAACAGACAACUCUCCUCCAUAUAAAAUCUGAAGACCUAAGUUCCGAUAGUGUUAUGGUCAGUCUCAGUAACGGUGUGAAAGAGAAGUUUACGUCUUUGUGUGAAAGGAACAGAGAUCAUCUGGCAAGCAAAGAGGACGAGACCCAAGGAACUUCGACAGAUGGUGAAAGGAGGAAAAACAAUGGAGCUGUGGGGCUUUCGGAUCAGAGGCUUUUCUCUUGUGUUACAUGUGGCAUCUUGAGCUUUGAUUGUGUUGCUAUUAUUCAACCUAAAGAAGCAGCAGCUAGAUAUCUCAUGUCUGCAGAUUGUAGCUUCUUGAAUGACUGGACAGUAGCUUCCGGAUCACUUCAUCCUCAAAGCAUGGAUAAGCAUGAUGUAGAUAACUUGUACAAUGAUGUUCCUGUUCAAAAUACGUAUUCAAUGAAGACCAGUGAUCAAAGAACUUCAUCAAGUUCCCCAACAAAAGAGAAUAAAGAUAAUGGUGCCCUAGGGUUAUUAGCAGCAUAUGGAGACUCUUCUGAUUCAGAGGAAGAAGAAGAUAACAGACGCUUAAAUACGGAUACAGAUGGCAACGAGGAGGCUAGAGAUGGUCUAUCUUCUUCUACAUGUGAGAAAGACAAAGAGGUGGACGUAUCACAUGCUGCUACUUCAAGCUGUUCGACGCUUUCUUGUAUCAAAGGCGGGAAUACAACAUCACCUGUAGAAAUAACUUUACCGUUCAUUCCGAGAUCUGAUGACGAUUUCUCUCGGUUACACGUGUUUUGUCUUGAGCAUGCUGCGGAAGUGGAACAACGACUUCAUCCUAUUGGGGGAAUUAACAUCAUGUUAUUAUGCCAUCCAGAUUACCCAAGGAUAGAGGCUGAAGGAAAGAUAGUUGCGAAAGAGCUUGGUGUCAAUCACGAGUGGAAUGAUACUGAGUUCAAGAAUGUGACCCGAGAAGAUGAGGAAACGAUUGAGGCGGCGUUGGCAAACGUAGAAGCCAAGGCUGGGAACAGUGACUGGGCUGUGAAGUUGGGUAUUAACCUUUCUCACAGUGCUAUCCUCAGUCGCUCUCCUCUGUACAGCAAGCAGAUGCCUUACAACUCCGUCAUUUACAAUGUGUUCGGUCGCACCUCUCCAGCAACUAGCUCACCCACAAGACCCCAAGUUUCUGGUAUAAGAUCUUCCAGACAGAGGAAAUAUGUUGCUGGAAAAUGGUGUGGUAAGGUUUGGAUGUCGCAUCAGGUGCAUCCUUUUCUGCUGGAGGAGGACUUAGAGGGGGAAGAAACUGAAAGAAGUCAUCUGCGAGUUGCUAUGGAUGAGGAUGUGACUGUUCAUGGUAAUGAUUCUAGAGAUGCAACCACAAUGUUCGGAAGAAAGUAUUCUAGGAAGAGAAAGGCGAGAGGGAAGGCCGCGCCACGCAAGAAGCUUACCUCUUUUAAGAGGGAAGCAGGAGUUUCUGAUGAUACAUCAGAGGAUCAUUCCUAUAAGCAGCAAUGGAGGGCUUACGGGGAUGAGGAAGAAGAGUCUUAUUUUCAGACGGGAAACUCGGUUUCUGGUGAUUCAUCAAAUCAAACGUCUGAUCAGCAGCAACGGCUCAAGAGGAUUCGUGGAGGAGACAAAGGUGUUAAAGAAUUUGAGUCAGAUGAUGAUGAUGAUGAGGUUUCAGAGCGUUCGCUUGGACGAGAGUAUGCUGUAAGGGAAUAUGCAUCUUCAGAAAGCUCCAUGGAGAAUGGCUUUCAGGUUUACAGAGAGAAGCAGCCAAUGUAUGGUGAUGAUGAUGAUGAUGACGAUGAUGAUGAUGAUGAUGAUAACUAUAGGCACCCUGGAGGGGUUCCAAGGAGCAAACGGACUAAAGUUUUUAGGGAUCUGGUUUCAUAUGAUUCAGAAGAAAAUGGCGUUUAUCAGCAAAGGGAAAGAGUAUUCACAAGUGAUGCACAGACUAGUCGAAUGGGUGUGGAGUACGAUUCAGAAGAGAAUUCAUUGGAGGAACAAGACUUUUGCAGUAGAGGAGGGAAAAGAAAGCAAACAAGGUCCAUAGCUAAACGUAAAGUAAAAACCAAGAUAGUUCAGAGUCUGGGAGACACUUUGCUACAAUCUGUUCCCAGAAAGAAGAAUCAAGAUUUGGAUUUGUACAUGGAGGGACCUAGCACACGGCUUAGGGUGAGAACCACGAAGCCCUCAAGAGGAUCUUCAGCGACAAAACCGAAGAAAACUGGUAAGAAAGGAAGAAAUGUUUCCUUCUCAGGAGUCGCAAGUGAAGAAGAGGUGGAGGAUAAUGAAGAAGAAGAAGAAGAAAGUGAGGAAGCUAGCACACGGAUAAGGGUGAGACACGUGAAGCCCGCAAGAAGGUCUUUGGAGACAAAACCGAAGAAAAGUGGUAAGAAAGGAAGUAAUGUAACCCUCGCAAGUGAAGAGAAUGUGGAGGAAGAAGAUGAGGAAGAGGAAGAGGAAUGCUUGGGGUACCAAUGCGACAUGGAGGGAUGCACAAUGAGUUUUAGUUCAGAAAAACAGUUGUCUCUGCAUAAAAGAAACAUCUGCCCUGUAAAAGGCUGUGGCAAAAACUUCUUCUCACACAAGUAUCUGGUUCAACACCAGCGUGUUCACUCGGAUGAUCGUCCACUGAAAUGUCCAUGGAAAGGGUGCAAGAUGACGUUCAAGUGGGCUUGGUCAAGAACAGAGCACAUAAGGGUACACACUGGUGAGAGGCCUUAUGUUUGCGCUGAACCGGGUUGUAGUCAGACAUUCAGGUUUGUCUCAGAUUUUAGCAGGCACAAAAGGAAGACGGGUCAUUCAGCAAAGAAAAUCAAGAAAAAGUGACUUUGACUUUUAAAGCCCCCUUUUAGGUCUUUUCUUUUUUAACAUGGAAUCUCUCUAUUAUUAAUCCAUUGGAUUAGAAGGAGAAUUAGUGGGUUUAAAAUUGUUCAUCUCGGUCUGGUUAUUGUUCUCAUUCAAAGUCUUUUAACAUUCAGGAGAGCCAUUGUCUUGUUUAAGAACAUCAGCUCUUCUUGUUGUAUUCUCUGUUGUCUUCUUUAAUGUUGAAUAAAUUUAAAAA